AUGGCAGGUACCGUUCAUCUAUGGCCUUAUGCUCUGAGAAUGGCAAAUGACGCAAUCAAUGAAUCGCCGAACCUCAAGGACAAGCAAGGACGCUCGCCAUUGCAACUGUUCAGCAACUCUCAAGUACAAUUGAAUGAGAAGCAUUGGGUGCCUUUUGGUUGCCCAGUCUAUGUUCUGAAUACUGCAUUGCAGAGUGGAAAAGGGAUUCACAACAAAUGGGAGUAUCGAUCCAAAGUGGGCAUAUAUCUUGGGCGAUCUCCAAACCAUGGUCGAAACAUUGCAUUGGUCCUUGAUAGGACAACUGGGCUAGUGUCACCUCAGUUCCAUGUGAUAUUCGAUCGAAGAUUUCAAACCGUCAAAGAAGACAAAUUUGAUACUCAAUGGCAACGAAAGGCAGGCUUAGUCCAGCAUGAUAAACCGGACAAUUCAAAGCGAAAGCAAGCCUCGACAAUGGAGUCAGUCGAUCCUAAAACACAGGAAGUUUUGCCAGUUUCAGAGGGAGUCCAACCGCCAAAGAAGAAAGCGAGAAUGGAUGAUGAAGUAUCAAAGCCGGAAAAACACACACAGUUCGAGAUGCCGACCCCUGAUGGCCUCGACAAUGGGCUGCAGCCAUCCCCAUCCAAUGAUAGUCAAAUGGAUGAACCAACAAAUAACAAUGACCCACCAUCAAAUCCAGGAGCAGUCAGCGAUGCAGACACUGGUCGCCCUUCAAUUUUCGAGGAGGAGAAAGAGAAGGAGCGAGUUCCCGAAAGCCAAAGGGAUCCCAAGUCAGCGCAGCAUCCUCAUCCGGCUGAGGAUAUCAUUAAAGCAAUGAAGGCAGAACUAUCGAGAGCCACUGUGCAUGACGUUGAAGGAGAAAUAUUCUGCCUCCAAGCAAUGUUCCCCAAUUAUGCAGGAGAAAUGGAGCAGGACCCGCUAAGUAUUUAUAAAGCAACCUCGGACCCAGACACAAUGUACAUGCAUGAAGCCAUGCGAGAAAAGGAUGCCCAUGAAUUCAAGAAAGCAAUGAAGAAAGAAUGGGAAGAUCAAAUCAACAAUGGAAAUUUCAGUGUGGUACAUCGAUCGCAGGUUCCAGAGGGAGGCACAAUACUACCAGCGGUGUGGCAAAUGAAAAGAAAAAGAGAUAUCAAGACAAGAACGAUCAAGAAGUACAAAGCGAGAUUGAACAUUGACGGCUCAAAGAUGCAAUAUGGAAAACAUUAUGAUCAAACAUAUGCUCCAGUUGCGAGCUGGAACUCAAUCCGAACUUUGUUGGUCCUAUCAGCUCUUCUUGGUUGGCAUACAAGGCAAAUUGAUUACGUCUUGGCGUUUCCACAAGCACCAGUUGAACGUGAAAUUUACAUGAAAAUACCUGGUGGAUUCGAAGUGUCCAAGGGGAACACAAAAGAUUACGUGUUGAAACUCCAUCGAAAUGUAUACGGCGGAAAACAAUCCUCUCGUGUGUUUUUCAAGUUUCUGUCACGCAAACUCAUUGACGAAGUCGGUUUCAAGCAAUCCGAAGUUGAUGAAUGUGUGUUCUAUCGAGGAUCUGUGAUGUAUGUAUUGUACACAGACGAUUCAUUAUUGGCAGGUCCUGAUUUGAAGGAAGUUGAGCAGGCAAUUGAAGACAUUAAAGCCGCCAAACUGGACAUUACGAUUGAAGGAGACAUCCAAGAUUUCCUUGGUGUUAACAUUGAACGAAAAGAAGAUGGUACAAUCCAUCUCACACAACCACAUCUUAUUGACCAGAUUCUUGAAGAUCUACGGUUGGAAGACAAUGCCAAACCAAGAUCGAUUCCAGCUCCGUCAUCCAAACUACUGUCAAGGCAUUCUGACUCUCCAGACUUCGAUGGAUCAUUCAACUAUCGAUCAGUGAUAGGAAAAUUGAAUUAUCUCGAGAAGGGAUCUCGAUCUGAUAUUGCGUACAUUACUCAUCAAUGUGCGAGAUUCUCGAGUUGUCCAAAGAAGGAACAUGGAGAGGCCAUUCGAUGGUUAGGUCGAUAUCUGAAAGGCACGAAGGACAAAGGGACUAUAUUGAAACCAGACAAAGAGAAAGGUAUUGAAGUAUAUGUUGAUGCUGACUUUGCAGGAAAUUGGGAUCCAAAUGAAUAUGAGGAUCGCGAUACUGCAAGAUCAAGACAUGGAUAUUACAUCACCUACGCUGGAUGUCCCAUUGUUUGGAAAUCCCAGAUGCAAACAGAGGUAGCACUCUCAUCGACCGAAUCAGAAUACACUGGACUAUCUUAUGCACUCAGAGAAGCAAUUCCUAUCAUGAACCUUUUUCAAGAAAUGAUUGAUAAUGGGAUACCUCUGGAAACUUCAAAAGCGAAGGUGCAUUGUAAAGUUUUUGAGGACAACAGUGGGGCAUUGGAAAUUGCGAAAGUGCACAAGUUUCGACCAAGGACAAAACAUUUGAACAACAGACUACACCACUUCAGAUCAUACAUUGGUGAUGGACCUUGCAUGAUAAGUAUUCACAAGAUACACACACUGGAUCAAAUUGCAGACAUACUAACAAAGCCAUUGAAUGAAGCGAGUUUUGUCAAGUUCAGAAAAUUGGUACUUGGUUGGUAA